GACGGUUUGUGCCUCGGGGCGGGUUCGGCAGCCUCCGCGGCAUGAAGGGACACACGGGGACUCUGCCGCGUGCAGCCCCCGCGGAGCCGAGCGGGAGCAGCAGUUCUUACUACUUUAAGGGGGAAAAAUGAUUAGAGACUUGGUGGUGCUCUCAAAAACAUGAUAAAUGAAUCCUGGGUUUCAUGGAGGAAGGAAGUACUAAUGCAUUAGAAGAUGGAGCCAUCCAUACAGCAAAUGGUACGUGAACAAUACACCACAACAACACAAGGCACCAGCCUAGAGAGGCCAGAAAACCAAUAUGUCUACAACAUUGGCAUUUAUGGCUGGAGAAAGCGUUGCCUCUACCUGUUUGUCCUCCUCCUGCUUAUCGUCCUAGUUGUGAAUUUUGCUUUGACAAUUUGGAUUCUUAAAGUGAUGUGGUUUUCUACAACUGGGAUGGGACAUUUACAAGUUACAAAAGAGGGACUUCGACUGGAAGGAGAGUCAGAAUUCUUAUUCCCUUUGUAUGCCAAAGAAAUUCACUCUAGAGUGGACUCAUCUCUACUUCUACAGUCUGCUCAUAAUGUGACUGUGAAUGCUCGCAAUUCAGAUGGUGAAGUCACAGGCAGAUUAAACGUGGGUCCUAAAAUGGUAGAAGUCCAUGGUCAGCAAUUUCAGAUCAACUCCGUAGAUGGCAAGCCACUUUUUACAGUGGAUGAAAAUGAAGUUGUCGUUGGUACAGAUAAACUUCGAAUCACAGGGCCAGAAGGGGCCCUUUUUGAACACUCUGUAGAGACACCACUUGUCAGAGCAGAGGCUUUUAAACCGCUUAGAUUGGAAUCACCAACUCGGUCUUUGAGCAUGGAUGCACCAAAAGGGAUUAAUAUUAAAGCACAAGCUGGCAAUAUUGAAGCUCUCUCUCAGAUGGAUAUCAAAUUGCAUAGCAGUGAGGGAGUGCUUCUGCUUGAUGCUGAAACUGUGCGGCUGCCCAAAUUGCCUGAAGGGACAAGGGGUGGAUCUGCUAGAUCUCAGGAACUCUAUGAGAUCUGUGUUUGUCCAGAUGGAAAGCUUUACUUGUCAGCAGCUGAUCGGUAUUCAACUUGCCAGGAAUACAGUCAUGUCUGUCAAUAAAGCACCUACCUAUGCCACAUUU